AUGAGACUUUCAUUCACCUUUUUCCUAUCACUUAUCGCCUUGGCCGUGUGCGAUGACUUCACCUGCGGUGACACCCUAUACGGCCCUAGAAAGCUCAACCCGACGAUCACGAAAGCAUGCGAUUUGUUGAAGGAAGGCAGCUCGGUUGGAAGAAAUCAUUAUCCGCACGUGUACAAGAACUUUGAGAAGAUUCAUCUCACCGGCAGCGCUCCUUACUACGAAUUCCCCCUUCUCCCAGUCGGUGUAUACGAUGGCGAUGGUUCUCCUGGACCCGAUCGAGUCAUUAUUACCCAGGAUUGCAAGCAAGCAGGUGUCAUUACUCACCACGGCGCGGCCAAUAAAAAUAGUUUUGUCCCUUGCUCGCCUGCUUCUGUUGUUUCCUUGAACAGCCAGUCUGUCUUUGCUCUCUGUUUCGCGAUGAUGCUUCACGCAGUCUUUGCCUAA